AUGUCUCCCAACAGCUCCCGAGCAGCCAUUCGUUUUGUUGUCGCGCUUUUCCUCGCGCAGACUUUCGUUAAUGCAGUAGCCGUUCCCCACCCCCACCUCCAUAGGGUCACCGAUGCUCGCCAGGUAGUUUCUCUGCCGCUCAUCGAGCGCCGCCAGGAGUCAGCAGAGACCGAGCCCAAGAAUGUCUUCGAUGCUAUCGUCGACACACUCAAGAGCUACAACGGAUGGCAGGUCUUCACCGACUUCUUCAGGAAGCUCUUCGGCGGCCACCCGUCUUCUGACAACAACGACAACGAUGAUGAGCCGACCGUCAUUGUGGUCCCCACCCCAGGCGCCUCCGGUACACCAAUCAACGUAAUCAGCGCCAUCGAGAGCUUCAUCAGCGAGAUUGCAAGCGUCACCGAGCCUGUUGUAGUCAUCCCUCCUGGCACCACAGAUGCUCCUGGAGCCAGCACCACAGACGACCCGAUCAUGUCUAUCCUGCCAAUCUUCCCCAUCACCACGGCCAUCAACCUCUUCCCCACUGGAGAAGUGUCGCUUCCGUCCGAGUUGGUUUCCGAGCUCCUCCCCGAGACAACUGAGGUCGUUGUUGUGGUCCCACCGUUCGAGGCCAACUCGACCGAAGUAGUCAUUGUCCUGCCCACUGGCGUCGUGACUGCUCCCCUCGUUACCGCACCAGUUGUCACCGGCCCAAUCGAGGUUGCACCCUCUGCUACGGAUGCGCCCUUCCCCAUCGUCAACGGUACUCUUCCGGCCGCUCUCCCUGGCACCGACGUGCCUGUGGUUGUUAUCAUUCCCACCGGUAUCUCCAGCCCCAUUGGCAUCAACGGAAGUGCUGAGGCCAACACCACCGUCAGCUCGACCAGCACCAUUGAAGUCACCGUCACAAUUGAUCCCACGUUAAUUGGCACUGGUGUCGCUUCUGUCGGAACUGGCCUGCCCGUCACAUUCACCGAGGAGCCUUUGUUCCCCAACGUGACUGCCAUCACCCCUACUCUUGUUCUCGUCACCGGAACUGGCGCGUCUGUCGGUACCAUCAUUCCCACAAUUGCAGUUGACCCCAUCAGUCCGCUGUACCCCAACAGCACAUCUGACGCCGCUACAGCUGUUGCUCCUAUCGGCACUGGUAUCGUGAUUGGUACGGGCAUUCAGGUCGGCACCGUGAUCUCCUCGUUCUCCCCCAUUGAGACGAUUGUCCUUGGCACUGGCAUCGUUGGCACAGGAACCGGCGUCGCCGUCGCUCCUAUCGACACCGCCCUACCUCUGUUCCCCAACACCACCACCGCCGUUGAGGUUGUCGUCGAGCCUACUUUCGUCCUUGGAACCGGCACUGCCCCGGCAGUUGGCACUAUCAGCGCUGCUCCCAUUGCCAGCGACGCCAGCGACGCGAUAUAUGUGAACACCACCACCACGACUGUCACCAAUGUCAUUACCCCUUCAGGAGUCCUUGGAACCGGUGUCGAGACCGCUGUUGCCCCCGCUGGCACCAUCGUCGUUGUCCCCGGCCCCGACAGCACUGAUGCUCUGUUCCCCAACAUUACCAUCACCGUCAACGCUACCGCCGAGGCUACUCUUUCGGUUGUCCUUCCCGUCGCCACCGAUCUUCCCGAGACGAUCGCUGUCGUCACCUCGGUUUCUGAGGUCCUCACCGUCGCGCCCGUCGAGACUGCAUUUCCCGUCAUUCCCGUCGAGACCUUGACAACCGUCGAGCCCAUCUUCGACCCUAUUCCUACGGACGCUCCUAUCGUAGAGUUUCCAGGUCAGCCAAUCCCCCCUACACUGCCCGUUGAGGAGCCCACUCCCCUUCCUAUCGUCCCUGUUGUCUCUGUCGAGCCUGUCGAGGAGCCUACCCCUGCUGUUAUCCUCCCCAUCGUCCCCGUUGCCCCGACUGAGGAGACUGCACCAAUCGUGCCAGUCGUUCCGGUCCCCGUUGCCCCAGCACCCCCCGUCGUGGCUACAACCCUUGCGGUUGUCCCCGUCGCCCCUGUUGCUCCCGCCGCGACCCUCAUCCCCGUCGCGCCGGUUGCACCAGUCGCUCCCACCGUCUCCAUCUUGCCGGCUCCAGUAGCGCCUGUGGCGCCUGUUGUGCGGCCCUCGAUUCUUCCCUUCUUCCCCACUCUCCCCAACCUUCCCGCCAUCUCCAACCUUCUCAACCUCCCCCGCCUCCUAGCCCUGCGCUCCAUCUGCCGCGACCCCACAGUCCGCCAACUCACCCUGCCGAUUCUAAACCGCUUCUACGGACCCUCAGCCUACCCAAGCCUCAUGCGGUUCCCGGGCUGCCUGACCUCCAACAGCCGCCAAGCGACACAAGCCCCGGGCCUGCUCAACUGCACGGCGCUGGGCGCCGAGGUGCAAACGUGCCAGGCGAACAGGCGGCGCGUGCUGCUGAGCGUGCGCGCCGACGGUCCCGGAUCCGUGGGCGGCGAUACCAACUUCGGUGACCCUGAUAGCGACGCUGCGCCGUGGGCGGGAUACAACGCCAACGGCAGUGCAGCCGCGCCGGGGGUUUUCUUCCCCAACUUGUUCGACGAGCGACACGUUCCCAGUGCGUUUGCGCUUACGCUGUUCUCGCUGUUUGGCGAGGGUAAGACGGAGCGCGCGGAUUUGCGACCCCUUGGACCGGACACGCCGGCUGAGGAUGGGAUUAAUUGGGUCACGAGGCCGCUGGGUGAAGAGGUUGUCAUUGAUGGGUUUGAUGUCCAGGUCCCGAGGGAUUGGCAGGGAACAUACCAGGAGGGCAGGUUCAACGAUUUGGUCAGCAGAUUGGGUGAAUUGAACGACGAGGCGUGGACGAGCAGUGGUGCUAAGAAGGGUGGCCCGGGUGAUUUGGGCGUUGAUGGAAAGGGUGUUGUGUACCAGGGGUGGAACAAGAAGAGGAGUGUGCAGAGGGUGGUGAUGGUAGGUGGAUUCGAGGUCCUUGUUGAGUGA